CGCAGAAAAGCGAGAGGGCCAAAUCAUGGAGCUUUACUGCAUGGAGUCGGUGGCGGAGGUGAAAGCCCCGGUGGACCCGAACAUCCUCCACGAUGACCGGGUCUUGCAAACCCUGCUGACCGUGGAGGACCGCUUCUUACCGCAGUGCUCCUACUUCCAGCGGGUCCAGAAGGAUAUUAAGCCGUACAUGAGGCGAAUCGUCGCGGGUUGGAUGCUCGAGGUGUGUGAGGCCGAGAGGAGUGAAGAGGACAUCUUCCCACUGGCCAUCAAUUAUUUGGACAGAUUCCUUGCCGUGAUGCCCACCAGGAAGGAUUAUCUGCAGCUGCUGGGUGCCGUGUGCAUGUUCUUGGCCUCCAAACUGAAGGACAGCAGGCCCAUCUCCGCCGAGAAGCUGUGCAUGUACACGGACAACUCCAUCUCACCACUGGAGCUGCUGAACUGGGAGGUGGUGGUGCUGGGCAAGUUGAGGUGGAACAUGGCGGCCGUCAUCCCCAACGACUUUUUGGAGCACAUCAUGCGCCGGCUGCCCCUCCCCGAAGACAAGGUGCCGAUGAUCCGCAAGCACACGCAGACCUUCAUCGCCUUGUGCGCGACAGAUGACGGUCUUGCCAUGAACCCCCCCUCCAUGAUCGCCAGCGGCAGCAUGGGGGCCGCCGUCUGUGGCCUGCAGCUGGACCACAAGGACAAGAGGCUGACGAGAGACAACCUGACGGACCUGCUGGCCAAGAUCACCAACGCAGAAGUAGAAUGUUUGCGAGCGUGCCAGGAGCAGAUCGAGCGCGUCCUGGCCGCCAGCCUGCAACAGGACAACCGAACGGGCGGCGCAAACGCCGGCAACAAGUCGCAGGAGCAGCAGCAGGACCAGUCCAGCACCCCCACCGACGUGCGCGACGUCAACUUAUGAAGCCCCGGUGGGCCCCUUCCACAAACGGCCACGGCCUGACAAUCCAAGAAUUUCUCGCCGCUAAGAAAUUCCGAGUUUUUCCUCCUUUUUCUGGUUUGUUUGCCUUCGAACGUAUUUUGUACGUGCCGCAUGUUAUCAAACAAGGUAUUUAAGGAUCUUGAUACUUGAUAGUGCCUUAGGUGUGUCCCCCACUCCCUCGCUGAACGGAAGCCUGAAUAUAUUUUCAUACUUGAAGAGAAAUAGCUUAUUAUAUUCUUUUGAUGGCGACGAAACAUUUUUUUUUUCUUGUAUAGUUAGCUAGUACUAAUUAUGUUACUCCUGUAGCCUCUUAGCAGUUAUUCAAUUUAAUUGGUGGUUCCACUAGCCGUUGGCGUUAGCUGCUAGCCGUUGGCGUUAGCCGCUAGCUGUGGUCGCCGACACCUGUAGUGCUGCUGGGGGCGGGGUGGUGCGUAAAAGGAGGAGUGGGCUGGGUCCACUCACACAGGAAGUGGCAAGGAUGCUGAAAGGCGGCGGUGAGAACGAGUCGGGAUUUCGCGGAGGUUGCGAGUGGGACAGACGCAGGUGUUGGUCAAGAACCGGGAAUGUAAGCUAGGUUACUUUUUUUUUUUGUUUGUUUUUUUUUUUUUUUUUGUUCUUGUAAGAAACAAACCAAGCCAGCGGGGAGGGAUUGAGGAGUUUCCGGGAUUCUGUUUAAGCGUUGCUCUGCCAAAGUACUUUUGGGCUCAUGGAGCGAGGCGUGACAUAGGAACAAUGUUGAUGCACUUUUGGAAGAAAAAAAAAAAGACACGUGGUCAAGGAGUGAUCAUUUUAGUGAGUAGGGUCUUUCUUUUUCUUUUUUUUUUCUUUUUUUUAAGUUAUUUUUUUUUAGGGCUGGAUUCCCACACGGGGUGAUGAAAGCUGGUGAUUGAAUCUACGUAGACCAAGAAAAGACCAUGUGCAUACCUUUUUUUUUUUUUUUUUUUUUUUUUAAUUUGCUUGUGUUUUAUUUAAUUGUACUUGAAUUCUCAUAGGCAAACCUUCCUUUCUAAUUAUUCCAGAGCUGAAUAUUGCGUGUUUGCAUUCAAGUCUAGGAAGUUUUUUCGUCAUUUGCGCUGCGUGCGUGUGUUUUGGAGGCUUUCACAGUGUGAAAGUUAAAACUGUGUAUAUAAAAUUAAGUAAAAGCUAACACAUGUUCUCUCCUCACGCGCACAUUUUGAGUGGUAAUUUUCACCAAGCAAAAAGUUUGCAAAAAGAAAAAAUAUAUAUAUAUGAAAUGUGUCAAAGAGUUGAAGAGCUCAUUCCAAAGCGAGAACACAAGUUGACAGAUGUCAUUUCUCUUUGCUGCUACAAAAAAAGAUAUUUUUCCUCCCCUUCUCUUUCGCUCAUCUUAAAAACAAUUAAAUUGUGAUUCACUCGUUUGCUGCUAUUAUAUGAUUUUGUUAUUGUGUAUACCUUACAAGUCUAGCUUUUUUUUUGUUGUCCUUUUUUGUGAGUGUACUGGAGGGAUCGCCACAGAUUGGUGCGGGACUGGAAGUGCUCGUCUUUAUGAUUUUGUGUAUCAUCAAUUGUACUCUUGCUGCUUCCUUGUAAUUUGUGUACCUCAGGUUAAUUUGGACGGAUUGAGCGUUACCUCAUCACACUUCACACACUUCUUUUUUUUUUGUUUGUUUUUCUCGAAGGGAGGAUGUUUUCAUUGACGAAUCAGAUCCCACUGUGCUAUAAAUGGCUAAGAAAAGAAAAAAAACAUUUCAUGUGUGUGGUGCUGAUCCAAACACGUCCUGUACCUUGUAUUCAUGGAUCAACAAAAGACCAAAGUUCAGAGUUGGUGUAUUUUAGAUUUCAGUGGAAUUGUCUUUUACUUUUGAGGUACCACCAGAAUGUUUGGUGUGGUUUUGAUCGCCCCCCCCCUCCUUUCCGCCCCCAUUUUGUUCCUACACAGUGUACCUCAACAUUUUCUCAAUAAAUUGGCGAAAAUCA